AUGUUUUCUUUUUUUUUUCAAUGGAAGGUGCAUGUUGCUUCUGAAUAUCAGCAGAUGAGGCUUGGCAAAGUCAUCCCAAUCUACAAUCGCGAGUGGGUGGAGGCGAAAGCUUCGCGCUUGGAGUUCCUGGAGAAUUUGGAAAGCGCCCAAGCCUUCCUGGAGGCUGAAGAGGCCAUGAUCCGUGAAGCCGUGAUGACUGGACACGGAGGGGAUUUGCCUUCGUUGGAUUACGGCCUCGGCCUAUGCCGCCCCGCCGUGGGCUAUGCUGAAGCGGCCACGCGGCGUCUUUGGCUGGAGGAGCGUGACCCGGCGAUGGCCAAAGCAGUGAUCGCAGCACUGGAGGGUCGACCCUGUCGUGUCCUCUUCGGCGACGCGAUCAACGAGCCGAAGCAGCGGGCCGUGCUGCAGGUGGGCUGCUGCCAUGUAGAGGGCAUUGUAGCUGCCCUCCAGCGUGAAGGCUAUGAGGCGCUCGCGGAGCCUUCGGGUGGUUGGCCCUCUCUGCAGCCUCUCAAGUCCAAGGCCAGUGCCGCUGCGGCUGCCGCGAGGAGCAGCCCCGACGGAGCGCUCCCCGGUCGCCGCGCAGCACGACGCACAGCACGCGGACGCGGCGGCUUCGCGUGA